GCGCCCAUGAGCUGCUGCCAGUCUUCGCUUGCUGUCUUUACAGCGUGGAGCUGAGUCCUGCCUACACAUGGACCGGGGAGAUUUCUUGGUUUCCUUGACGGCUGGUGGGCUGGCUGGAGUGUCCGUUGACUUGAUACUGUUCCCUUUGGAUACAGUCAAGACAAGACUUCAGAGCCCUCAAGGGUUUAAGAAGGCUGGUGGUUUCCGUGGCAUCUAUGCUGGUGUUCCCUCUGCUGCUGUAGGGUCUUUCCCAAAUGCUGCUGCCUUUUUUGUCACUUACGAAUAUACGAAAGCCUUGCUCCAUACAGGUGGAUCUCCAUACUUAAGUCCGAUAACACACAUGCUGGCUGCCUCCUUUGGAGAAGUUGUGGCUUGUCUAAUACGGGUUCCCUCCGAAGUUGUGAAACAGAGAGCACAAGUUUCUCCUUCCUCCAGUACCCUUCGGAUCCUUUCCAACACUUUGUAUGAAGAGGGCAUUCUAGGACUCUACCGAGGCUAUAAAAGCACAGUAUUAAGAGAGAUCCCUUUCUCUCUUGUACAGUUUCCUCUGUGGGAGUUCUUAAAGGAUUUCUGGUCGUGGAAGCAAGGACACGUGGUCGAUUCUUGGCAGUCUGCAGUCUGUGGCGCUUUUGCAGGUGGAUUUGCAGCUGCAGUCACCACCCCUCUGGAUGUAGCCAAGACAAGAAUUAUGCUGGCAAAGACUGGCUCCAGAACUGCAAGUGGGGAUGUAUUAUCAGCUUUGCAUGGAGUGUGGAAGGCAGAAGGGAUAUCAGGGUUAUUUGCAGGCAUUGUCCCACGAAUGUCUGCCAUCAGCCUUGGAGGCUUUAUCUUCCUUGGGAUGUAUGACAAGAUCCGCAGAUUGCUUUUGUGAAAUGUUUUAGGGACUUGAAGCAAACAGCUGAGAAACUGCUCUGCUCUCUCUCCCUGUUCCUGAAAGGGGGAAGAAAAGAAAGUUGUUCAUUUGCUUUCCCACAAAUCUCCCCCUCCCUUUCCCACCACUAUCCCACCUCCAUCCUGCCUCCUGUGGCUUCGCAGCUGUUCGACAGCCUGGACUCUAUUCCCGCUCCUUAAACAAGAAAAAGAAACCCCUUAAUUCCGUUUCCCUAAUAUAAAAUUUCCAUGUAUGGAAACCCCUGUUCUAGUGGUGAGCUCAUUGGAAAGAGCCUGCCAAGAAAGGCACAUUUUGGGGGGCAAGUGACUCUUUUUAUGGGCUCCAGCCUUGUGCCUGAAAGGCAUCGUUAUUAGGACUCGUUUAGGGGGAAUGAUGUGCAAAUGAGAAGAACAUGGGCCCCGCAGCAUGGCAGGAGUGAAAGGAGCCUUCCUUCGUUCUGUGGCACCGGAAUCAUGGCCUCGAGGAGGAAGCGGAGAAGAGGAGAUCUGCCCUGUUUGCAUUUCCAAAGGCCGGGCCUGCUAUGCUCCAAGGGACAGGCGGAAGAGGCUCCGGUGUAGGUUUCUUUUUCAAAAAUGUCUACGUAAGGGGAAAAGGCCAUUUGUUUCUUGUCUGAGACCCAUUUGGAAAGUUUAGACCACUGUUCAUACCUGCAGGUGCAUAGCAAGCAUUCUUGCUUGGAUAAGCAAGGCUGCCUUUUUUAAUUAGACUCAGAUUUCCCCAGUAAAAGUACAAUGUUGUAUUGUUUUCCUCUCUGACAAUGUUGCCUAUGAAAAAGAAACAAAACCCYGGUUUUCCUUUUUUUUUCUCCCUUUCCCACCCCUUGCUUCUACAGCAGCCUGGCCUCACACACCAAGGGGGGGGGGGAGGAGAUUUGGGGGGUGGAGGGAAUGAAGAAUGGAUCAGAGAAGGAUGUUUUUCCUCACUUGAAUGGAAAGGCUGUGAAUCACAGUGCCUUGCUUCUGGGAUAGCAACAUUUACCACAAUAGCAUUGCUCCUGAAUGAGUGAGUGAGUGGGCGGGUGCUUGAAGGGUGGUGGUAUGCUUUUUUGUUUCUUGCUGUCAUCUUCAGGGUAAUAGAGUAAGUGGAAGCUCCUUCUUUGGAGGCUUUUAAGCAGAGGAUGGAUGGCCAUCUGUCAGGGGUGCUUUGAAUGCGAAUUUCCUGCUUCUUGGCAGGGGGUUGGACUGGAUGGCCCAUGAGGUCUCUUUCAACUCUAUGAUUUUAAGUUUGUUUGUUUGUUUUUCUGUGUUCUCCUUGGUGAACUGGUGUUGAAGCUUUUGGGAGAGUUUUUAAAAGCAGUGAGUUGCGGAGCUCUCUUAGGAAAAGAGGAAGGGUAUGCUGGCUGCCAGCAUGGUUUGAAUGGUCCCUUCCUCUAAUGAGGUUAGUGAGCUUAUUCCAGGAAAGAGUAGCCUUCAGAGUAUCCUAUAUACUCAUAUAUAAGUCUAGAAAUUUUAGUAAAAGAAAUCAACCCCAAGAACCUAGCUCAAUGUUUCCAUGAGUCACUAUGACUACUGCAUCUUAGCUCAUAUCAGGAAUGGCACCCUUCUCAGAGUAGAGUGGCAAAAGGCAAGAGGUUAGACCAUCCCAGGAGACGUACUGACCACCUCUAUUUUUUCUUGUAUGGUGCCAUUUCUGGCCUUUUUGAAGGUCUAGGUGAGGAAAUGGCAGUGGUGGCCAGGGCCCACUGAUCUCCCCCCAGAUGUCAUUGUUGCUUUCUCCUGUCUGCAGAAUGAUUCUCAUCUUAUCCAUGGAGUCCAUAAUUUUCACCCUAAAACAUGCUCUUGUCUUAUACACAAAGUCGACCUAUACAUGCGUUUAUGCAAUAAGUCAUGACCAUUUCAAGCCACAUCAACAGUGGUGAUAGCAACAGAUUAUGAGCAUGAACAGAAUAAAGAGGAGAAUAAGAAAUUAAAGCCUGGACGGAACAA